GCAUGAAAGAAGCCAAAUUGGAGAGAGGACUUCUGAACAUACACAAUGUGUUAAUGCCUUCACAUAUAACAGUGAUCUUCAAAGGAAUAAAAGAACACACAAUAGAGAGAAACCCUAUGAAUGUAAUCAAUGUGGUAAAGCCUUUUCUUGUCAUAGUUUGCUUCAAAGGCAUAAAAUGACACAUACUGGAGAGAAACCCUAUGAAUGUACUCAGUGUGGUAAAGCCUUUUCUCGUCACAGUCACCUUCACAGUCAUAAAAGGAAACACACUGGAGAAAAACCCUAUGAAUGUACUCAGUGUGGUAAAGCCUUUGCUCAGCACAGUCAUCUUCAAAGGCAUAAGACAUCACAUACUGGAGAGAAACCUUAUGAAUGUAAUCAGUGUGGCAAAGCCUUUUCUCAGCACAGUACCCUUCAAAUACAUAAGAGGACACAUACUGGAGAGAAACCCUAUGGAUGUAAUCAGUGUGGGAAAGCCUUUGCUCAGCACCGUACCCUUAAAAUCCAUAAGAGGACACAUACUGGAGAGAAACCUUAUGAAUGUACUCAGUGUAGUAAAGCCUUUUCUCGUCACAGUCACCUUCAAAGGCAUAAGAUGUCACAUACUGGAGAGAAACCCUAUGAAUGUACUCAGUGUGAUAAAGCCUUUUCUCAUCACAGUAACCUUCAAAUACAUAAGAGGACACAUACUGGAGAGAAACCCUAUGAAUGUACUCAGUGUGGUAAAGCCUUUGCUCAGCACCAUACCCUUCAAAGCCAUAAGAGGACACAUACUGGAGAGAAACCCUAUGGAUGCAAUCAGUGUGGUAAAGCCUUUUCUCAGCACAUUCUUCUUCAAGGGCAUAAAAGAACACAUACUGGGGAGAAACCCUAUGAAUGCAAUCAGUGUGGAAAAACCUUUUCUUGUCAUAGUAACCUUCAAGUGCAUAAAAGGACACAUACUGGAGUGAAACCUUAUGAAUGUCAUCAGUGUGGUAAAGCCUUUUCUCAUCACAAUACUCUUCAAAAGCAUAAAAGGAUACAUACUGGAGAGAAACCCUAUAAAUGUAAUCAGUGAGGGAAAGCAUUUGCUCAGCACAUUUCCCUCCAAAUGCAUGAAGGAACACAUAAAGGACAAAAGCCUUAUGAAUGAAAUCAAUGCGGUAGAAUCUUCACAUUUCAAAGCGCUGUUAAUGGGCAUAAAAAAACACAUACUCGAGAGAAGCCAUAUGAAUAUUAUCAAUGUGUAAAGCCUUUGCUCUGCAGAUUCAUCUUCACAUACAAAAGAACUCAUAAUGGGGAGAGACCCUAAAAUUGCAAUCACUGUGAUAAGUACUUUGCAUGCCAAGUAUUUCUUGAAACCCAUAAAAGAACACAUUCUAUA